GGAGGAGGAGCUGGAACACAGCAAACAAGCCGAGAGGCACAGCAGCCGCACAUGAGGGAGCGCAGGUUACCAGGGAGAAGGCUAAAGUUUUUGUUUAGGGAACCUGCCAACAGAAGGCUUUUCACUGGAGAACUUAUAAUUGUAUAGGAAUAUAUAGGACUUAGUCACUUAGUGGGGAGGCCACAUCUCCCUAAAGCGCCAUUAUCCUAUGCAGGUUACAAACAGACCUGUGCAGCGCAUGGAACUGACAGCCAGCGAGUGUGGAACAGCCAUGGAUAAGUGGGGAUAAGCAAGCGGAGCUACCAUGAAGCAGCCUUAACUCUGAACCCAUGGGGAGUACAGGACUUGCCACCCUUUGCCUGCCGUUCCUCCUUGCCCUGUCUCUACUACCUCUGCUCAGCCUCAGCUACAGCAGGAAUGGAGAGAAAAUCACCAGGCGCCAGAUGAAGGCUAACUUUGAUUACACAAUUCGCCGCAAAAUUGCCUUCCGACAGACCUCAAACCCAAAUCAGACCUGCCCAAUAAAUCUACCCCCAGAUGCCCUCUCCCUUUCCACUGUGGAACUGUGCAACCCCUUCCUGAUAAAUCGAGAAUGCAAGAUGUGCAUCCGUGUCAUCAUCUCACUGAACUCUACAGGGUUCCGCCAAAUGCAUGGCUUUCAUAUAGAAACUCUGGAGAUCAGCACCAACAAGUACAAGGCUUUCCAGAUACUCAAAAGAAGUAGAAAGGCCCCUAAAGGAAACCUGUGGUGGAUCGAGUACGACUGUCUAAUGGUAACUCCCGGGCAGACCGUGUCUGUGUGGCUGUCGACAGUUCCAGGUUGUGGCGAGGAGAUCAGCAAGACACACUACCUGCAUGACAGGAAUGCUAAACCCGAGUUCAACUAUACACACUUGCCAGAACAACGGCAAAUUGCAGUCUCCUUAUCCAAGGGCCCCACGGCAGUGGCGCGUUUGUGCUACGAUAGAAUUAUCUGCAAGUCUCUGCCAGAAAAUGCCACCCCCAAGUUUACUGUUACCGAGAAAGCCAUCCUGAAGUAUGAUUACUUGCUGCCCUGCCUGUGCAUUGAGGCUUAUUAUGAUUUCCAGGACAGCCCAAGGAAUAAGACUUGCCCUUUUGAAAGCCAUGGCGAUGCCUAUGGGCCGGAUUUCUGGAAGACAACGUGGUCACACUCCAACGAUCGUAUGCUUAUGAAGUUCAGAUCCCUGUGCAUGCUGGAACCCAGCGUCUCCCUGUGUCAGAAACAAAAUGGCUCCUGCGACGUUAUCCCCGGCGCUAACAUCACUACAAAUGAACUACUUGAGGAAAAUCAAUUUUACGCUUGGGAAUAUGAAGUUGAGAGCGUGGACAAAGACCCCAACCUGUGCCUUAAGUUUACCGUGAAGAGCUGGAGCCAUGUAAGAUGCCCUGAAGCUGGAGAGCGUGACUGGAAUGUGAAGGUGGAUAUGGGCCUUUUUCAGGUCCAUCUGACUAUUUUCUCACACGUUCCGGCAACGAUCAGCGUCUCAGUGUGCAUGGGUAACAUUAGAACAGUCAAUUGUGAGCCUCACACCACCAUCCAGUUAAAUGAAACCAAUGAAGUGCAAGUUUUCUCUUUCCUACUAGCCAGGGGAAUCUGCUAUAAGGUGUGGCGCUCUGACGUUCUUCAUGCACAUAAAUACCUCAUCUGCCCAGAUUAUUCCCAUAAGCACCUGGGACUGAUUUUCUUGACAUCAUUCCUGAUGGUUUUGGCACUGGUUAUUCUCCUGUACCUGAUCUACCGACAGAUUAAGAACAUAUUCACAGCUCCCCUUUGGAGUCAGACAGUGCUUCUUGUAUACUCCCCUGAUUCUGCAGAGUACAAGACCCUCAUUUGUGCCUUCGCUGACUUCUUGCAAAGCAUUCUGGGCUGCGAGGUCAUUCUAGACAUGUGGGAUAUGAACACAGUCAGCCAGCUUGGAAUAUUACCUUGGUUCUAUCAAAAGAGAGAACUGGUGGCGCAGAGAAAAGGCAGCGUCAUCAUCAUGUGGACGAAGAAGAGCAGGAGCAUGUACGACCAGUGGACAAGCAGCAAGUUGAGCAGUUAUGAUUGGAAAGACCCAGUCAACCUGUUUGGAACAGCCAUGUCCUGCUUGAUGAAGGACUUUAACGUUGAGGAGGAUGAGAAGGACAACCUGAGGGAUUAUAAUUUUGUCUACUUUGAAGGUCUUUGUGAUAAACAUGAUAUCCCCCCCAGCAUGAGAAAGAUCAGUAGGUUCUGCCUUUUUAAGGACCUCUACAGGCUGGUCAAUAUACUGCAGGGUAGAACUUGCCUAUCCCCUCCCUGCCUUAUAAAGGCAGCUGCCAAGUAUCUCAUGAGAAGACUGGUCAGAUCAGAAAAGAGCAGAGGCCUCCAGCGGCACGUGGAACUCUAUAAGCAGAGACUUCCUAAACAGGGCUAGCAGGAAGAGUAGCCAAUUUACAAGCCCCUGGAGCACUACUGCUUUUCGGAGAUUGCCAAACACUGGUUUCCACUGUUAUUUGGCCAGUUGUUAACCUCACUCUGGUGUUCCACCCACACCCGCGGUUGGCUUCACAGUGUUUAUUAUUAUUGGCUCGUUGGGUCGUUUACAGCCCAGAUGGCAUGACAUGGGUCCAUCAAGCAAUAAUAUUCCAAAUGUAAAGAGUUCAAGAGGAAAAGAUUGUGAUUGGAUAUGGUGGGAAAUAUAUCUGAAAGAUGACCACUUCCGCAGGUAGAUUUGGUUAUUGUCUGAACAGCCAAAUAUAUUUAGGGAUUAUACGAAAUGCAAAAAGAUUUAACUGGUACAGUUAACGUAAUAUCAACAGCACUAGGGAAAAUUGCCUGUUUUGCACCCUAUGUGUGCACCUUGGCAAAUGGCGAGCAGCGUCCGCACCAAUGUGCAAAUUACUUUUGAUUAGGAGACCAGAUCCUCCUCCAAAUGGGGUUCUCCAGAUUUCAACUAUUUCUAUAGGAAUACAAAGUAUAUUUGGCUGCUGGUGCGAUUAGGGGGGUUGUAAGUGUGUAGGCAACUUGAAGUUUGAAUGAUUGAUCCUAAUGUAGGAAAAUGUGUUAUUGUGUACAUAAAUAUGAAGGAAACUGGAUAAAUGCAAUAUAUAUAUAUAUAUAUAAUAUAUAUUGUGGUAGAAUGGCCCAACAAAUGAGAGAAAAUGAGUUUUCCCUUCAAGUUCUCCAUAGUGGGAGAUGUAAUCUUUAAGAGAGAGGUUGAUAAAACGAGAAGGUUUGCUCUGUUUAAAAGGUUGUGCUGUCUGGCCCUGAAAGCUAUAGGGUUCUGGAAAGAACAAACGGAUCAGGCGAUCCAUUCCAGUGGUCCAGCUCACCUAUUGGAGCUUACUUUCCACAGGAAGGCUGUCCUGUGGAAAAGGUAUUUAAUGGUAUAGAAAGGUGUGAGACGGGCUCUCAGAGCAGGGCACAGAACAGGAAGGAUACCUCUCUGUGUUAGGACUCCCAGAGGGGCUGGGGGUGCUGCCUGCCACUGCCAGAAGCAGAGGGAGCCCAGAAUUGAGAAAGUUGCCAAGAGACUCAGGGCCGGAUUUAACUUCUCGGCGCCCCAAGGCCGCCCCCCCCCCCACGAGUGUGCAUGCGCGAACGCACGGCGCCCUCUCCCCCCGAGUGCGCAAUCACGAUCAAUGUG